AUGACCAGUAAUGGCGAUGCUGCAUUAAACGCACCCUCUGCCCCCGCUGCAGCCCUCGGCGACCGUCCCCGCGGCACUCCAGAGCGAGACGUGCCCAAGCUGUCGUCCUCCGAGGCUGCCUCGCCGUCGUCCAAGGAGAACCGCCCGCUGCCGUCCAACGGCGACCACGACCACGACCGUGACCAUGACGAUGCACAGAACGAGUCCGAGGCCGAGACGGUCGUGCUCUCGCCCGAGAAGAAGAUGAUCAAGAAGGAGCGCAUCGACGACGACGACGAUGCCCGGCUACGCUCCAUCAAAGAAGAAUCCCGCGCCCCGACGCCGCUGAGCAACGGCCAGCGACUCUCCAGCAAUGGCAAGGAGCUCAAGCUCAACGGCGCCAAGCACGGCUCCGAGCGCGAUGCGAAGAGCCCGCCCACGUCUCCCAGCAGCCGCACCACGUCGCGGCACACCAAAGACACCAGCCCGACCGACUCGACCAAAUCGCCCGUCCACGCCAAUCUGUCGCCCACCCAGAACGCGUCGCGUGGCCGCAGUGCUUCGACCGCCGAAAGCCGCAAGCGCAAGCUGCGCGAUGACUCCUUCCCCAAGUCAAUUGAGCCGCCGCGACAAAAGGCGAGGACCGAGGGUCUGAAAGAAUCGCGCCAGCCUGGAUCCCCCGCAACCCCAGGACUCGGGCGCCCCCACAAGCGUUCACAGUCGACACAGUCCACGGCAACAGGGGUCGCCAGCCGCAAACGCAGGGAAACCACUAGCCUUGCCAUGUCAAUCGAGCCCACGCGUUUGCCCGAGGACGAUAGUUCAGACGACUCCGAUUCUGCGCCCGCACACACGCCAAAUUUGCAGCAACACAAUCGCGUCAAACGCUCCUCACACCGCGCCCUCACCUCACCCGCCCGGACCAUGCCCAAGAGCAAGACUGACAGGUUCGGUGCCACUCGUCUAGCACGAGAAAGCGAAAAGGGCGACCUGGACGCGGUCAAGGAGGCGUAUGAAGAGUCACCCGACGAGCUCAACCAGGUCGACUAUGCAGGCAUUGCGCCAUUGCAGAAGGCGUCUCUGCAUGGCUGGGCAGAUGUCGUCCGCUAUCUCAUUAGCAAAGGCUGUAAUACCGCAUGCGAAUCCAACGACCGCGACACACCACUCAUCGAUGCCGUGGAGAACGGCCACCUCGAUGUUGUUCGCUUGCUGCUCAACGAAGGCCGCGUAAACCCGCAUCAUUCGAAUAAGAAAGGACAGCGCGCAAUUGACGUCAUGGACUACGAGGAUGAAGACGCAGAAGAGAUCGAGAAAGUGCUGAGAGAAGCGAUGCGAAGAGAAACCAACACGUCAAGAGACGACAAACCGCCAGAGCGAAAGCAAGCAAAGACUGCGUCAAGGCUUCUGUACAAUGAGUACAACGUGGAAACUUUGAUCGAAAAAGCCGGAGACGGCGAUAUCUUGGCUGUAGGAGAAUUGAUCAACAGCAACAUCAAGCCGAACAUUACCUGCGGUGUGGCGGCAGCAAGAGGUGGACACUAUGAUAUCCUCAGCAUCCUGCUUGCGAGCGGCCUGAAAGCGGAUCCCGAUCCAUCGAAGCAUCCAGAAACUCCCAUGACGGUCGCCAUCGGCCGUGGCCAUCUCAAGAUCAUUCAACUUCUUUUGGAGCAGGACAACUUCGAUCCAACCCGGCGGAAUAAAGAAGGCAAGACGUACUAUGAGCUCGCGGAGGAAAAGGCUGGUCCCCGAUGGGAACUGGAGCGCGAUGUGCUCAAGCGUGCGUUCGACGAGCACAAAGGACAGCACAGGAGUCCUCGCAGGCCUAAGAAGGAACCGCCGAACCUCUCAGCAAUCCGCAUGAAGCGCAACAGCUUACCGAAGCGGGACCGCUCGUCGUCUCCCCGGCAGGAAACGAAGCGUGCCCACCUCACAAAGUCAUCAACUGUACCCAAUCCUCCGCAAAAGUCGCGGCGCCUCAUGUCAGGAAAGGAAAUGGCAAAUCGAGAAGGCAAGAGGCGGAAACGGGUCGUGGACGACGAGUCAUCAGAGGAAGAGAGCGAAGAAGAUGUGCGGCCUCCCACGAGAAAGGUGAAGCCACGGUCAUUCAGCCUCGGCGAAGAAGACAAGCCAGCCAAACGACCGUUCAAAGCCCAGUCGGACGACAAUGACACUACCAAGCGAAAAGUGCGUGCACGGUCUAACGAAAGCGAAGACGACCACGCAAAACCUCCCACUAAAGUUCGGAAGCCCAUAGAAAAGCCAGCUAGCGCGAAGCCCACUCCGGAAAUCGAUUCUCCAGACGAACGGAAAAUUGUCAAGAACAAGAUCAAGUACAAGACAUUGGACGACAAAAUCAGGAAGCGCAAGAUGUCUGAUGCUUCGACCGAUGAUCGCAGCAUCAAGAAGACGCCAAAUGUCUCGGCCAAAUCUACGCCUGCUCCUCCAGAACGAACCGCGACCCCCGAAGCCGUGCGCGAGCGCCGUCAAGAAGAGCAGCGGCUCGAGACGGAGGCUAGGAAGCGGGCGGCCGAGGCGGCAGCGCAAGAAGAGAAGCGGAAGAAGGACGAGGAGGAGGCUGCUCGCAAAGCUGCGGAAGAGGCUGAGGCGAAACGAAAGGCUGAAGCAGAGGCCGAAGCGCAACGCGAAGCACAGCGACAAGCCGAAGAGGCUGAAAAUGCACGUAAGCGUGAGGAAGAAGAAGCACAGCGUCGGGCAGAGGAGGAAGCGAAACGGCAAGAAAUGCUCGCAGCUCGACAAGAUCGUUUAUCCAAGCUUCCACGCGCCCUUCGACGAGCCUGCGAGUUGGGCCACAAUCGACCGCUUCACUUCUCUGGCGAAGAACUCGGCAUAUCUGCAGUCUUCCUCCCGCUCUUCUACGCAACCUCGAAGGACCUUCACGAGCCGGUAGGCUCACACGACAAGACCUACGUCUGCUCUUUCCAACUCGUGGGCAUCCUCGGCCUCCCCGAACUCGAUCUCGCACACCUCGAUGCGCCGUACGUCGACUGGCCACGCAUACCCGUAACGCACAAGCAACGGGACGCCAUCCUGCGCCAAUACGACGUUUCUCUGCUUGCCCAAGACUUCCGCUUCCCCAUGGAAGGCACGCCCGACUUCAAUUACGCCAAGAUUCAGGAGAGCAUCAAAGAAGCCAAGAAUCAGUUCCUCACCAUGGACGGUCUCUACUGGAUUGAGGAGAGCCUGAUGCGUGCGGAAGUUGAGAAGGUCGAGAGUCUGCAGCCACUACUCAAAGAUAUCAAGCCGGAGUGCAGCAGAAGACGCAUACGCCUUGCCGAAAUCGAUGACAAUGCGAAAUUGGAGCAAAAGCAAAAGCCGCGCAAGAGUUUCAUGGAUAUCGUGAUGAAGCAAGAAGUGGCGAAUGGCGUUGUGCAUGUUAAUGGCGAUGUGGGAUGA